CUUUCUUCAGAGAGAUAUGCAGAGAGCAUUAUAUGCACAAACACACAGUAGCAGCAAAGCAAAAGCUCUGACUCACACUUCUACGUCUCUCUCUCCCUAAAUCUUCAUCAUUGAUUCGCCAUCGAAGGCUCUGCCGCAUUUAUAUCAUCUUCUUCUCACUCUCACUCUCAUCGGAAAACUUCUUUGAAGUUAUCGGAAUAGUUUUCUUCGUAUCUUGAUCUCGUUCGUUAUGCUAAACUAGAUUCACACGUUUGUUUUCUCCCAAAGCCGAGAUUCGCAUUUCGGCUUCUCGUUUCGAGUUUUCAGAUUUCGUCUUAUGGAAUCUCUGAAUCUGUUGCGUGUUGUGGGAUACUUCCCUGUAUUGUGACUAUCGAGGAAACUGCAUCUACGGUGAUUUUUUUUAUUUAGGCUUUGCGUUUUUUUUUUAAACUUGAGAAGUGGGAGAGGAGGAAGAUGGCUAAGAUGAUAAACAAGACGCUUGUACUUACCUAUAUCUACUUACUGAUCUACAUUCUUCUCUCUUCUGGAGUUAUACUGUACAACAAGUGGGUUCUAUCUCCAAAAUACUUCAAUUUUCCACUUCCUAUAACAUUAACAAUGAUCCAUAUGGGAUUUUCUGGAUUUGUGGCCUUCCUUCUUAUUCGGGUUUUCAAGGUUGUCUCUCCUGUUAAAAUGACUUUCGAAAUAUAUGUGACCUGUGUGGUACCUAUAAGUGCAUUCUUUGCAUCCAGCCUGUGGUUCGGAAAUACUGCAUAUUUGCACAUUUCAGUUGCCUUCAUCCAGAUGCUCAAAGCACUAAUGCCGGUAGCAACAUUCCUAAUGGCUGUUGUCUGUGGCACGGACAAAGCAAGGUGUGAUGUGUUCAUGAACAUGGUGCUGGUCAGUGUUGGAGUUGUCGUAUCUUCCUAUGGCGAAAUUAAUUUCAAUGUAAUCGGCACAGUCUACCAGGUCAUGGGAAUCUUUGCUGAAGCAUUGAGACUGGUGCUAACUCAAGUUCUUCUUCAAAAGAAGGGAUUGACACUAAAUCCAGUCACCAGCUUAUACUAUAUAGCUCCAUGCAGCUUUGUUUUCUUGUCCUUGCCUUGGUAUGUAUUGGAGAAACCAAAUAUCGAUGUCACGCAGAUCCAAUUCAACUUCUGGAUCUUUUUCUCAAACGCUCUCUGCGCACUUGCCUUAAACUUCUCCAUAUUCUUAGUAAUCGGAAGAACAGGCGCUGUAACCAUCAGGGUUGCUGGGGUUCUGAAAGAUUGGAUUCUCAUAGCCCUCUCCACUGUCAUAUUUCCUGAGUCCACAAUCACUGGGCUGAACAUUACUGGAUAUGCAAUAGCGCUCUGUGGUGUUGUAAUGUACAAUUACAUAAAAAUCAAGGAUGUAAAAGCAAUUCCACCAAGCACGGACAGCCUCCCUGAUCGAAUCACAAAGGACUGGAAGGAGAAGAAUUCGUCAGAUGGGGGGAGCCCCAGAGGAUUGGAACUUAACGAUGAAGAAGCCCCUCUGAUCACAUCGCGUUUGUCGCAUAUCGGGCGGACGCAGCUUGGAACCCACACCGCUGUCUAAAAAUGACCCUAUAUUGUUUCACUCAUCAGGUGAAAGACAUUAUCUCCUUUGGAACCCAAACAUUUUUACGAAUAGAAUUUACCUCGGAUUACUUAACAAUGUUUAGUCUUAAAAAAGGAAACGCAAAUGGCAAAAUUAUUUGUAGGGUCUCUCAGAGUUAUAAAUGUGUUCACUAGAUGCA